CGGGGCCGGCUGUGACACCCCGAUAACCUCGUGUUCCACCCAAAAACAGCUGCGCUCCGGAAGAGGAACAGGAACCUCCUGGCAGGCGGCUUCUCCCCCGCCUUCAGAAUCCCCCAGCCCCAAUUCUGGGGGGUCUCGGGGGGGCUCCGGCCUUGGGGGUCCUUGGGGAGCAGCUGCCCCAUGAGGAGGGUCCCCCCUGAGGGGGUCCCACCCUGGGUUUGGCCGUGUCCCACUCUCUGGGAGGUGACAUUGGUGACAAGAUGGCACCGGGGCUGGUGUUGAACCUCCUCCUCUUCCUCCUCUUCCUCCUCUUCGCCACACCAGCCCGGGCAGAAGAAGCGCCGCCCUCGGAGGUGAGCGGAGCCGUGGGCGGGGUGGCCCUGCUGAACCCCCGAGGACCCCAAAACCCCUCGGAAUUCUCCCAGAUCCACUGGCGCUGGCAGAACCAGCUGAGGAUCGCCGGGCGGCAGCGGGGGGAGCAGCCCCAGUACCCCCCGAGCCGCUUUGGGGGGCGCCUGGAGCUCCUGGCCAACGGAACGCUCCGGAUGAGCCCCCUGAGCCUCGGGGACAGCGGCGAGUACCGCCUGUACCUGGAGGAUGACACGGGCAGGGAGAGCGUCCAGAGGGUCCUGCUGAGGGUCUACGGGGGUCACCUACGAGUGGAUCCCGCCCCAGAAGGUGGUGAGGAAGGAGGGCCCCGUCCUGGAGGUCUCCAUCAACCCCGCGGUGGAAACCUACGUCUGCAAGGUCAGCAACCCCGUGUCCUCCAGCUCCGCCUCGCUGACCUUCCGGCGCCCCUGCACCUGGACAGAGGAAUCCUCCUCGGCCGCCUCCCGCGCCACGCCCAGCGCCCCGGUGGCCCUGGGACACCUCCUCCUCCUCCUCCUCCUCCUCCUGCUGCUCACCGUGGCUUGAGGACCUCGCGGGUGGCACCUCCGGUCACCUCCUCACCUUCCGGCACCAACAUCUGGACGGAGAUCCCGAAAUCCUCCGGGCGCUCCAAAGCCGCGGGAGCGACGUCACCGGGAGCGUUCGGUUUGGGGUUAACGGGGAAAUUCUCCCCCAAAAUCAUCCCCAAAAUCCGUGGGGAGACCCCGUCUGAGCCCUUCCCCCCUGGGAUUCUGGGGGAUCCUCCUGGAUUUGGGGUGGCCUGGAAGGGCAGGGCCUUUGGUGAGGGAGGGCCGGGGGUUGGGUUUGGAUUUCCCAGGUGUUUCUCUGCACAUUAAAUUCCAUCCUGGACAAAAUCUUUGGGGUUUUCUG